GGGUAUUACCACUGUAAUUAAUAGGACUUGUAUAACAGUACCUAAUUAAAGUCUGAUCAUAUAGUGUAAAUUUAACUUGAUUAUUGUUAGCCUCAGUGAACUCUGCAGGAGAUUAAUCCUGGUGAUUCACUCAGCACAGAGAGCAACAGCAGCAGCUCUGCGGAGGACCAAAAUAUUAGCGAACAGCAAUGCUCUGUGCCCCCAAACCCUGCAAGGAUUAAUUUUUCUCCAUCUCUAUUUACAUGGUGAUAAGAAGUGCUAAUCCCACUCUGUCAGUCUGGACUGAUGAAUCUGAGGAAUAGAACAGAGCCCUGUGUUGUGUAAACGAACUGAUGGAUGAAGAUGAGAAGGACAGGGCAAAGAGGGCAUCACGCAACAAAUCUGAGAAGAAGAGGAGAGACCAGUUCAAUGUCCUCAUUAAAGAGCUUUGCACGAUGCUGCAGGGCCACGGCCACCCUCUCAAGAUGGACAAGUCUACAAUACUGCAGAGGACCAUCGACUUCCUACAGAAACAGAAAGAAAUCACAGCACAGACAGAAGCCUGUGAGAUUAGACAAGACUGGAAGCCUUCAUUUCUUAGCAACGAGGAGUUCACCCAGUUGAUGUUAGAGGCACUAGAUGGCUUUCUCAUUGCUCUUACCACUGAUGGGAUUAUUAUUUAUGUAUCUGAUAGUGUUUCGUCUCUGCUAGGACACUUACCGUCAGAUUUGGUGGACCAAAAUAUAUUAAACUUUCUGCCUGAGCGGGAGCAGAGUGAAGUGUACAAGCUCCUUUCUCCACAUGUGCUCAUGACAGAUCCUGUUGCAGCUGAUUUUCUAAAUGCGGAAAAACAAAUAGAGUUUUGUUGCCAUUUAGCAAGAGGCAGCUUAGAUCCAAAUGAACCCCUGAUGUAUGAAUAUGUGAAAUUUGUAGUGGAUUUUAAAUAUUUUACUCAUGUGCCUACACCCUCCUGUAAUGGCUUUGAGUCAGCUAUUGCACGAGCUUUCAGGUCAGCCACGGAGGAGCAGAUUUGCCUGGUAGCGACUGUUCGUCUCGUCACACCACAGUUCUUAAAGGAGCUCUGCAACAUUGAAGAGCCAUGUGAAGAAUUCACAUCGAGGCAUAGUUUAGAAUGGAAGUUUUUAUUCUUGGACCACAGGGCUCCACCUAUUAUAGGAUAUUUACCCUUUGAGGUUUUGGGAACGUCAGGGUAUGAUUACUACCACGCAGAUGACCUGGAGCUUCUUGCUAGGUGCCAUGAACACUUGAUGCAGUUUGGAAAAGGAAAGUCCUGUUACUAUCGGUUCCUGACCAAAGGGCAGCAGUGGAUAUGGCUGCAGACCCACUACUACAUCACCUACCACCAGUGGAACUCCAAGCCCGAGUUCAUCGUUUGCACUCACCUGGUAGUUAGUUAUGCAGAAGUUCGGGCUGAGAGAAGGCGAGAUCUUCGCCUCGAAGAGUCAUCAAUUGAACUGGCAUCCUCUUCUCUAAAGAGCCACAGCAGCUACCUGGACGUGGGGCAGUGCGGCAGCAGCCAGGACGCCAGCCGGGAGGGAGUGUCACUGUCAUCGCACAGCUCCCGGCACUCCUCGCACACCGCCCUCUCCGACUCCACCUCCACGUCAUCCAUGCGGCGCACGGACACCAGCACCCCCACCCAGCCGGCCGUGCCGGGGGCUCCGGCCGAGAAGGCGGCCCUGCGGCUGGCAGCAGUCAGGAGCGCUCAGGCCAUAGCCACUCCUCAAGCCCCUGGUGAACACCUCCCUCAGAACCCUGUGGCUCAGCUGGCAGUGCCCUCCCAGCACCCUGUGAUGCCAGUGUACCAUUUCCCCACCCAGCUGGGGAUGAUGCACCAGCUGAAGGAGCAGCUGGAGGAGAGGACUCGCAUACUGCAAGCUGACAUCAAGACACAGCAAGAGGAGCUCCACGUCAUCAAGGAGCAGCUCCAGCUCGUGCAGGACUCCAACCUGCAGAUGCUGAUGCAGCAGCCAAUCCCCGUCGUCUUUAACAAUGUGCAGCAGCCGAGCCCCCGGAGGCCGCCGCCGCAGGGGACACCCAGGCAGACCACGGCCAAGAAGUCACAGCAGCCAGGCCUCAUGGGGACGAAGCACUACUGCAGCACCCACCUGCUGUCACCACGCCCGUUCCUCAGGGACCCCUGUGGCACAGCCCCCCAGGUACAGCAGCAGCAGCAGCAGCAGCAGCAGCACCCAAUGAGAGGAAGCCAAGGGCAGCAAAUGUGUGUGCCAGGGCAGGCGAGCAUUUCAGUGCCCCUCUACAACAACCCCAUGGUGUUCUCCCAGACACACCCCAUCGCUGUGGCUGCGCAGGUGCCAACUGACAGCAGUGAGAGGCAACCACCAGCUGACUACAGCCAGGACAGGAGCCUCAGGAUGCUGUUGGAUCAGUCCAUCCAAGCCAUGAUGCCUGCAGCCAACAGCAGUGGCCAGCCUGUGCAGAGCAGUGCCAGCAGGCAGCAAGGAAAAUUCGUUGCAGAGCAGCAGACCCUGCCUCCCCCAGCGCAGGUGCAGCCAGUCACCUGCAGCGCCGUCCGACCUCCAGCCCCGCCACCCAUCUUCUCCCCAUCUCUGAUGAUCCCACACACCAGCUUCACAUCCCACCAGGCCAGCACACCAGUUCAUCUCCACCAGUGGCCACAGCAGCAGGUUCAGCAGCACCGCCUCUACCUUCAGAUGCAAGGUCCUGAGCUGGUGCCUGGGGCUCCGACGCAGCGCAUUUUCCAGCCACCCCACACCCCACAGCAGAACCCCUUGAGCUACUUCCUCCACCCGCAGCAGCAGAGCCACCACACGCAGGGCCAGCCCUGCAACCUGCCCGACCUGCCUGAGAUGCAGCUGCCCUGAAGGUCGGUUCUGGGAGACAAGGACCACACGGCUGCAGCUGCUGCGCGCGGGCGCACGCAGGAGAGCACGAUGCCGUCAGAGCACGGCACGGGAGAGGUCAGGCUCCGUGGGGAGGUGGUGGCCAGAGGGAUGAUCCCUGACAGGGAUGCAUGGCUGCAAGGGCCUUGUUUGCUGGGAUUCCCCUGCAGCAGUCCGUGAUGCUGUUCCGGCAGCAGGGUGUGCCCUGGCCCAGCACCGUGGUGCCACUGGAAGCGGUGGCUUUCUGGCUGCAGGGAGGGGAGGUAUCAGGUCGCUGUGAAGCUCAGUUUGCAAUGGAAAAAACCCUUUUCCAUUCAGGACUUCAAUGCUGAAAGUCACUGUGAAUUUAAGCCCAGCAUUUGGAGCACAUAGACUGUACCAGUCCGCAGGACACCAUUGGAUUACCGUGUACAUAACUUGUUUUGCUGUAGUAGGUCCAUUGUGGAUUCUUUUUCCUUUUUCUAUACCUCAGUCCCGCAUAUUUUUGUUUUCCAGGAGAUUGGAUAAUGCUGCUAAUUUACAUAACACCACUUUUGCCUGAAUUUCUUACUGUUGUUAUACCAGCUCACAUCGCAGCUAGUACAAUAUUUGUCAUGUUUUGGUUUUGGUUAACAAGUGAAGAUAAAUUUGUAUGGUUUUUACUCCCUGUAGCCAAAUAUUUUUCAGGUUACAGACAAAGAAUCUUUACUCCUUUUUUUUUUGUUUGUUUCAAGUGAUGUAGUUGUAUAUGUUUCUAUACAUAAAAACAAACAAACCUGCAUAGAACAGCAUAUGACAGCAAACUUUGUGGUUUUGCUAGGUCAUGUUUCAAUUUGGCAAACCCAAAAUGUAUAAUCACAACGCACGCGAUGUUACAAGCCCAUAGGGUCAGCAAUAAAUUGUAUUUUUGUAAAUUGUCACUUUUUAACUGUAUGUUUAUAUUUAUGAAUUGAAAAACCAGUUUAUUCCUCAGUGGGUGUAUAGUUAAGUGUCCCUACUGUUUGUGUCUUUCCAAAGGAAAAAUUAAAAAGUACAUUUUUGAAGUGUUAGUAGCUGAGUACUAACUUUGGGCAUUGUUAGAGCCCAAACAUAGAUGGGUUUGGCCAUUACUGUAAACUUUGCAGGGCAGUGGUUAGUUAGGACCAGGUCCAUCUAGCAGUAAAGCUCCAGCUGGCAGACAGAGCAAGGUUUAGAGAGGAGUUAGUUCCUAAUGUUUAGUUCCUAGCAUCUGUUGAAACCAAGCAAAGAAUGCUUGGUUUUGCCUUUUUUUUUUUUUUUUAAUGGGGUUUUCUUUUUGUGUGUGUUUCCUUCUUUUCCUUCUGCAAGCCACUUUCUUGGCCCUUCGCAGCACUGCAGCAGCUGGUGUUACUGGUGUUGUUGGCACAAGCAGCUCCAAGCAGCCCUGUGUUUCAAGAGAAGGGCGCAGUGGGGCUCGUCCAGCCCUGGUACACCAGGGGCUGUUUCCCAGCAGUUCUUCCUGGGGAAGGGGAUGGGGUUUUGCUGUGCCACGUUGCCUGGGGAGUGGUGGUGGGAGGACAGGCUGCUGGAGCUGGGCUCAGCCAGGAGCUUUUGGGGCUGGUGCAGGGCCCCAGGGUGCUUUGGUGUUUUGAACAAAAGCUGUGCCAGUCCCUGGCUUUCCAUGUGUCCCCUCCCUUGGCAAAAGCAUCUGCACGGGUCAGCUUUGACUGGGACACUGAGUGCACAGCUCUCAGGGGUGCAAGACAUGAUGGAUUGUGGGUUGCAGAGCUGGCCACAUGCAGCAUUUUGGGGAGUGUUCUGGGCCAUAGGAUGGAGGCAGUGAGGUGCCCGACAGCCUGGGGUCCGGUAUCGGGGCUCAUGCCUUGUCAGCACAGUCCCUGGCUGGGCCCCAGCCCACACAGCACAUGCAGCCCCUGGGUGCUGGGCAACCGAGCAGCUGCUCUUGGACACAGUUGGAGCCAGCCCCUCCAUUUCAAACCAUCACAAGAAAUCGUGGCUGCAGCAGAACCAUGGGCUGGGGCCACCUCACUGCUGGUAGUGGGAUGUGGAGCACCUGCCUUUGUGGGGCAGUCUGGAGCUGAAAUAGUAACACCUGGGGCUUUCCUACUCUGCAGGUUUGCGCUGCAGUAAGGGCCAGCAUAGAGCCUUCAGGGUAGGAACCUUGUGUUUUUAAAGCCCUAUUAGUGUUAGGGUCUCCCUCUCCCCAUUCUAAGGCAGUGGGGUGGCUCAUGAGGGUGCAGUAGGUGGGGGUUGUAUUUUUGGGAUUGUUGUUUGUGGGGGUUGUUGUUCGUGGGGUUUUUUCCACCAUAGCCUUGGCACAUAAUGUUGAAGGGGAGGCAAACACAUAUAUUUGUGUUAGGGCUCCGGCACUGUGCAGUUUGUGGCUCAGGGUGGCUGGCUGAAGGGAAAGGCUGUGCAUUUCCCUGGCUUCCCCAUUAAACCUGCAUCACCCCAGCACAUCCCCAUGGCUUGUCUGCAGUGCCCCAUCACCACACAUGAGCCCAGACAUGGCAGGUGGCAAUCAAAUGGAUCUCAGAGGUGGUAGUGGUUGGGGUCGGGGGCUUGGGGGUGUAUUUUUUUAACAGGGCGUGGUAGGGAGGUAGCUGAGGCAGAGCAGUUUUCUGGCAUUGCUGUGGCUUUGGCAGUGAGUCCAAAAAAAAAUAGGGGUGGGAAGGGGUUCCGGGGGAGGUGGGAGGCAAUGGGUGCGCCAGAUGGGGCUGGGCCCUGGGCACGGCCCUGCUGAUGGCAGCACUGGGCUGCAGGGACAGAGGGCUGGGGGCACAGCCCCUGCUCACAGCUCCCAGCAAGGAGCACAGGAGCUUGGUGAGGAUGUUUACAUGUUAGAUCAGCCUUGCUAAAACCAGACACCUAAAAAUGCACUUUAUCAUGUGCCCCCCCCUUAUCUCAGAGCACCCCCAGCCGCUGGCCUCGCUGCUGGUGGACGGGGGCUGCACAGUCCCAGGCACUGCCUCAGGGGCAGGGCCUUGUUUUCUUGACAUGCUCCAAAGGACAAAAUCCCACCGUCCCUUUCUGGGGCUUGCUUGGUCUUUGCUCAGUCUGUCUCCAGCCAAGGGGGAGGCUGAGUCAGGGCCAGGAGGGUUUUGCCUUAUAUUGUCCCUGACGCUCAAAAAAAUAGAUGGAUAAAAAAUCUCUUUAUUCAGGUUGAUUUGUAUUUGUUUACCUCGGUGUUAGCUAUGACCUGUGUUUUUAUGACUCAUUUGGAAUUGAGGGUUGCUGGUGGGUUUGGUUCACACCCCCCCAGCCGCUUACAAGAAAACACAAGUGUGACUUGUUGGUGACAAGCAGAGGGCAGGGACGUGACCGAUGGCAGCAGGGUUGGCCUCCAGUGUCAGUGUUGACCUAUCAGUCAUAAAUGUUCUGAGGUUCUCUCAUACACAAUUACCUAUAUACUAUAAGUCUAUAUAUAGAUGUACGUAUUUUUAAUAUACAUUUAUAUGUAUGGAGAUGUAUAUCUAUAUAUAAAUAUAUGUAGGCCACACAAUUCCAGACCUCUGAAAACACAGGCAGCUUUAAUUAAUAAAGUCUUGCACUUUUAGCGUAUUUGUACAUAUAAGCUAAAGCCUGGUGGGUAUAAUCAGGCUGAUUUGACAAACACAAUGAGAAGUUACUGUAUAUAUUGUAUAGUCCAUGCAAGAAAAAAAAAGAAAAGAAAAAGUCAAGAAUUGAGUAUAAAUCUUGGUUUAUUUUAUAUGAUGUUGAAUAUAAAUACAUUUAUAAAUGUUACUAUUCUUAAAAGUAUUUUGUAAUGGGAAAAAGUAAGUGUCUUAUGAAGAUGAACAGUAAAGAUUUUAUUCUUGUUUUGAAUCUAUGUCCCUGCACAGCUCCAUUGAAUGGGAGCCCGUGCAUUUUGACAAGCUUUAAACAGAUUGUACAUAGUAUUUAAAAAAAAAUAAGAAGAAAUAAAAUAAUACUCUUACA